AAUAUUGGGUAUAACUUCGACACAAACGCCACUUUUCCGAGUAUCUGGUGAGAACGCAAUUGCAUUCCUUUUCUCGUCUCAACAACAAACAGGAAACGCACAUCCUAAAAAAAAAUGAUUGGCAUGCCGGGUAGCCAGUAACGUCUUCGCGAACUGCCUACUUGGCCAAUCAUAUUAGAGAAGAAGGGCGGGUCGUCCUGAAAUGUGAUGCAAAAUUCGACGGUCAAGCUUGUUAGUCCCACCUUUUUGUGUUUCCCGCACCGUCAAUCAAAAUAGGAAAAAAUCGACCCGAAUUCACCGAUCAACACUAGCCCGCCUUUGAUAAAAUAAUCAUGUUCGGAGUUUAGUUGAACAGAUAAUCCUCUCAGUUACAACCAUUUAUGAUAUGACUGGUACGUAAAGAUUUAGCGCAUCGACGCGUGCAACUAAUCGGUGAGUUUGUGCAACCUACAACGAAGCAAGCUGCGUCUUUUUAUCUUAGGCUCUACUGCUAACUGGCUAGCUAUGGUUAGCUAACAGAGCUAGCUAGCUAGCCACGGAGUUGACAAAGUAAACAGUCAAUCUGGACCGAAAUCGCCUCUGAAUCUCCGCUGCAAAGUUGAAUUUCGCACACAGCUCCUUUUGGACUGGAGAGUGGGGAUGCUCUGCGCGCUUUUCUGGCAGGCAGGAGUUGAAGAUUACAGAGUUUUGCUGAGUUUCCCCCUCUCUCCCUGCUAGCGUCAGAGCAGCCUCUGAAACAAGGAGAAAUGGCGUCCGCGGACGUGGACAGCAGUCAAAGCGAGUUUCUGCAACCCGGCGGCGCAGCGGAAACACAGACAUCAGAUAUGUCAGCCAUUCAUCUGACGGGUUCAGACCGAUGGGAGGUGUUAACCCCUGUGUCAACUGGGAAGGAAGACCAGGGAGUCGUUCACAUUCCAAACUCGGGGAUUGUCUCGUCCAAUGCCCAGUAUGUCCUUCCUAUCGGGAGUCUUCCCAGCCAGCCCAUUUAUGUUACAGCAUCUGGGAAUGAGGCUGCAGCCAACGGAGUGUCAGGCAUUCAGUAUCAGGUCAUCCCCCAAAUCCAAAACACAGAUGGGACAAUUGCAGGAUUCCCAACACAGGGACUGGAUGACGGCACAGGGCAGAUUCAGCUCCUCCAAGAUGGCGGCCAGGGCAGUAUUGGGAUCAGCUGUACCACGUCGGCGACCACAGAUCUUCUGACACAGGCGGGACAAGUGCAGUCAAUCCAAGGCGUCUCGCUAGCUGGGGGGUCAGCAUAUGCUAGUACAGUACCUGUAGGGCUGCCUAGCAACAUAACAUUUGUACCCAUAAACAGCGUAGAUCUGGAGUCACUAGGGCUUACUGGAGCACAGACGGUCCCUAUUGCAACAGGGGUAACAGCUGAAGGUCAGCUGAUAAUGAGCAGCCAGACGCUGGAGAGUCAGGGUCAAGAUGCCAGCAGCAAACAGCCGCUGGUGACGGUGAGCACUGCCGCCAACCAAGAGCUCUAUGUGCCAACCACCACCACUUCCUCCUCCAACUCCUCCCAGCUCCCUGAGACUAUUGAUGGCACCGGAGUUCUCACCCAAGCAACUGCCGUGUCUGCAGGUGUAUCUGACCCCUCCUCCUCAGAGAACUUCAACUCCCACAACCAUCUGCAGCAAAUCCAGGUGUCGUCCUCCAACACCACCACUAUCUCGCAGCCCAUCCUGCAGCUGUCUGGGGACGGUCAGGCACAGGUAACCCAGGUGGCUCAGGGUCAGGACCUGACUGGAGCAGCAGGACAGACUCUACAGAGUGUACAGCUGGUCAACCCAGGGACCUUCCUCAUUCAGGCCCAAACUGUCACCGCUACUGGACAGAUUCAGUGGCAGACCUUCCAGGUUCAGGGUGUUCAGUCACUGCAUGGGCUUCAGUUGUCCCAGGGGCAGGGGCAGGCCCAGCAGUUGACCUUAGCCCCAGUUCAGACCCUCCCUCUGGGCCAGCCGGGUCAGGUCAAUCUACCCAACCUCCAGACAGUCACAGUGAACUCUGUAACACAAAGUGGAGUGCAGUACCCACAAAGAGAAGAUGCAAACAGUCCAGCUGGUAUCCAGAUAAAGGAGGAACCAGAGUCUGAGGACUGGCAGCUGAGUGGGGACUCGACGCUGAACCCCAGUGACCUGAAUAACCUGCGGGUUCCGAUGGGGGAUGAGGACAUGGAGACGCCGAGCGGGGAAGGCAAGAGGCUCCGCAGAGUAGCCUGCACCUGCCCCAACUGCAAGGAGUCUGGAGGAAGAGGUUCAGGCAUUGGGAAGAAGAAGCAGCACAUCUGCCACAUCCCCGGCUGUGGCAAGGUUUACGGGAAGACGUCCCAUCUCCGAGCUCACCUGCGCUGGCACAGUGGCGAAAGACCCUUUGUCUGCAACUGGAUGUUUUGCGGGAAGAGGUUCACCAGGAGCGACGAGCUGCAGAGACACAGGAGGACACACACAGGGGAGAAGAAAUUUGUGUGCUCAGAGUGCUCCAAGAGGUUCAUGCGGAGCGACCACCUGGCCAAGCACAUAAAGACUCACCAGAAUAAAAAAGGUGUCGUUCCCUCCACCACGUCGCCGCCCACCACCGAUGCGGCCAUGGAUGGAACCACAGUCAUCCUCCAGACCACCACCACCCAUGACCUCGUAGCCAAUCAGGAGAUCCCUUUGCAGCUGGUCACCGUGGCGCAGGGUGAUCACAUGGAAUGAGGGCCACGUGAUGGUGAUCAUAUAAGGUUUCCUUUGAAUUCCUCUUGGGCUCUUCACUGUCGGCCACACGUGGCUUCUGGAUGAGCACAUACACCGGGGUUGGCAUGUGGAGAAAACGGACAGAUGCAACAAAUCAGCGAGACUCCGAUGGUGCUUUUGUCAUUGACCAUUCCAGCUGGACACCUGAUGUGAAAUUAGUUUCGUAAUAACUGCUCUGUUGGUAACUGACUAGAUUGUCACUCAAGUCGAAAGGAAAACAAUCAUGCCAUUAUGCUUGUGUUUUUUUGUUUUUUAUUUUAAUUAAUGUAAUCGCUUCCUCAGUUUGUAGCAUUCAUUUUACAUGUAUAUUAUCUUCACAUUGUUUAUAGAAGCCAUCACUUAGUUAACUGAAUUUG